CACCAUCAACUCAAGUUAGCGGCAACAACCAUCGAGAUGUGGCGCCUUCAUUUGUUCCUACUCCUGUCCACCUGCUUUCUGGUGCCCCACGAUGCCAAGCCCACGAAGCGAUCCCCGGUUGGAUUUUCAUCGAGCACACUGGCCUCGCUGCUUUUGGAAACGGAAACUAGCAAUGUAACCACCGAUGUGAUCACAACUACUACUGAAACAACGACCCCAAGGACUCAGCGAGUGACAAACAUUGGACGAUUGGCCUCCAAGGAUCUGGCCGAUUUGCUUUUGGCCAGCAUGCAGGCACGAGGUGCCAAGUUGACCUCCUCCCAAGAAUCCACCAUGAAAUCGCUGCGCACCGAGCAGGACAAGGAUACGAAGGGCAACAAUGUGUUCUUGCACAUUGGCAUGGAUGUAAUCAUUGAUAUCUUGAUUGGAGCUCGUGAUAACGCCACUUGUGGAAGGAUCAUCCAGGACAUCGAUCAGUCGCAGGACCGAAACAGCCUGACCCUGACACUCAAAUCCUUUUUGGCUCUCUGCUUCUUCAACGGCAUCGAGUGCGCCAAGGAUGAGGUGAGCCAGGUGAUCAAGAGCACCCACUUCCGCCAGAGGCAGCAGAACACGAUCGUUCAGGAUGACCAUCAGCAGGCUGAGGGCUCGGGCCUUCGCACCGCCCGUCGUGUGGGCGUGGUCAAGGACGACCGCAAUUCAGUGCUGAAGUUCCUGCAGGCACGCAACAUCAAAGAACUGAGCGCCAUCCUUAAUAACCUGCUGCAGUUGUGCGGAGCCUCGGGCGGCGAGGCCCACAAAAUCAUCAGGAAUUUGCGAGAGAUGGGUCCCGACCGCGUCAGCUUGUUGCAAGUGAACGCUUUCAGCAUGCUAUCCGUAUCCCUUUUGGACAGUCUAUCGACCAUUGCCGAGGGUAAGAUCAGCGGCUUGUGCUCCGCCACCCCCGAAAGCUGGAUCGUUCGCCUGCUGGCAAUGGGCGUAGACAAAGUGGUGCUAAUGGGCCUAAUGACCGCCCUCGAUCGCACUAUCGUCAACUCCUCCAGCGCUGAAAUGACCAAUGCCGCAGCGCUCAACAGCAUCAAUGGUGGCGAUUUCCCAGACUGGAAGUCCAAGGUUGACCAAAAGACAGCGGCCAAGCGAGCCAUUCUGGAUUCUGGCGCGGGUAACGAUUUUAAUCUGGCCCCUUCAGUGCAGGAAAUCGGAAAUCUGAAUACAGUCAACGAUCUUGUUAAUGCCAAUGUGCCCGUUGGAGCUAAUCUCCCAGUGUUGAGCAACAUUGAUGGGUCCAGUCUUACCGGCAACAACCUCAACCAGGGCUCUGAUGUAAUCUUUGAUGGAGACUCAAACAAUUUCAACCGCCUAGUGGGUGCCAAGAUUCCCGUUCUAGCCAAUGCUCCAAUUUUGUCUAAUAUAAAGAGUGGAAGCGGCUCUUCGGGCGUGGGUAACAAUUUCAACUUGGCACCAUCAGUGCAAGAAACUGGAAAUUUCAACACGGUCAAUGAUCUAAUUAACGCCAAUGUGCCCGUUGGAGCUUCUCUUCCUGUGUUGAGUAACAUAGACGGAUCUGGAUCCGGCAACACCCUGAAUCAGGGAUCUGAUGUGGUGAUCCAGGGAACACAAAAUAAUUUUAACCGUUUGGUAGGCGCUAGAAUUCCGGUUCUAGCGAAUGCUCCAAUUUUGACUUCAUCGUCGUCGGGAUCUUCUGGAUCAGGUUCUUCGUCUGGCUCAUCGGGAAGUUCAUCUGGUGUGGGAAACAAUUUCAACUUGGCACCAUCAGUUCAAGAAAUUGGCAAUUCCAACAUGGUCAAUGAUCUCAUUAACGCCAAUGUUCCAGUGGGUGCUUCUCUGCCAGUGUUGAGUAACAUUGCCAGAUCUGGUUUCACCGGCAACACUUUGAAUCAGGGAUCUGAUGUGCUGAUCAACGGAACAGAAAACACGUUUACCCGGUUGGUGGGCGCUAGAAUUCCGGUUCUAGCGAAUGCUCCAAUUUUGACUUCGAUCAGCAGUGGAAGUUCCAGCACCUCUGGUUCCUCCUCUUCGAGUCCAUCCACUAGUUCCGGAUCUUCUGGGUCGUCGGGCUCUUCUGGCUCUUCAGGUUCGGGUUCCACAGUUUCCUCCUCUGGCACUCCGAGUUCAUCUGGCUCGUCCGUAAUUGGCAACAAUGUGAAUGUUAAGGGCGAUACCAUAAAUGGAAAUAAGAAUUUCCUUUUCAAACUGCUCGAUCUUGGUCUGCCGAUCUCCUUGGCCGCUCCGGUUUUGAGUAUCAUUAAUCAGGGCUCUUCCACUGGUUCCUCGACUGGUACUUCCUCUGGUUCCUCCACUGGUUCUUCCUCUGGUUCUUCAGGCGUUACUUCCACUGGUUCUUUGAAUGGUUCUUCAAGUGGCGCCUCAUUGGGAAAUAAUGCAAACAUCGACCCCAGUGUUGAUAUUGUUGGAAAUAACAACCAAGUUACCAAGGUCGUUGAUGCCAACGUUGAUGCAUUGGCUAAUGUCCCGGUCCUUAGCCAAAUAACUGGAGCUAGCUUUGCCAAUAAUCUGAAUCAAAAACCCAAUGUACUUAUUAGAGGUGAUGGCAAUUCGGUAACAAAGGUUGUAGAUGCCAAUGUCCCUGUUUUGGCGGCUGUUUCGGCGCUCAGCAGCAUCACCAAUGCCGGUAAAUCUUCUGGAAGCGGAUCCAGCAGUGGAUCUUCUGGAAGCGGAUCCAGCAGUGGAUCUUCUGGAAGCGGAUCCUCCUCUUCGGGUCUUUUGGGUGGACUAACAGGUGGCUCAGGAUCCUCAUCAGAUGGCCUACUUGGUGGUGUCCUUGGCGGCGUGGUUCCCGCUGUUGGUGGAGUUGUCGGCGGCGUUGUUCAAACAGUGGGACCCGUUCUUGGUGGAGUCCUGAACACUGUGGAGCCCGUUCUCGGAGGUGUCCUGAACACAGUGGAGCCUGUUGUCGGCGGCCUGGUUGGCGGAGUUCUUGGUGGCGUGACUGGCGGCUCUUCUGGCUCUUCGAGUCCUCUAGGCGGCGUAACCAACCUUUUGGGAGGUGGAGGUAGUUCCUCUUCAAACGGUUCCUCUUCUAUAAUCGGAAACAAUGCUACCAGCGGUCCUAAUACUUUGAUCACUGGCAACAACAACAACAUCGUUCGACUGGUGGAUGUCAAUGGAUUGGUCCUUGCCGACAUUCCCAUUUUGAGCAGCAUAACUAACCUUCUGGGAGUGACAGGACUAAUCGGAAACUCAGCCAACAAGGGUCCCAAGACUGUGGUUAUUGGUGACAAUAAUCGUAUUGUCAAGCUGAUCAACGUUGAUCUGUGGGUGUUGGCCUUCCUCGACGUUCUCAACAUAAUCCGCGGUAGUGGAGGUGUUUGCAACCAGCUUAACUCUGGACCCAACACUGAGAUCAUUGGCAAUAACAACGAUGUGGUACAACUGGUUGAUGUGGAUUUGAGCGUGUUGCUUGUGGUUGAUUUGCUGAGCCACUUGAUCACCAAUGUGGCCAACGACUGCAGCGGCAAGACCACUACAGUUACACCCAUCACAAGUCCACCCACUGAGCCCCCAACUGAACCGCCAACUCAGCCACCAACGCAGCCUCCCACUCAGCCACCUACUCAGCCUCCCACUGAGCCACCCAGUUACGGGCCACCCACCAAUGAGCCACCCACCGUUCAGCCUCCUACUCAUCAGCCACCCACCGUCCAGCCACCCACCGUUCAGCCUCCUACUCAUCAGCCACCCACCGUCCAGCCACCCACCGUUCAGCCUCCUACCAAUCAGCCACCCACCGUCCAGCCACCCACCGUUCAGCCUCCUACCAAUCAGCCACCCACCGUCCAGCCACCCACCGUUCAGCCUCCCACCCAUCAGCCUCCUACCAAUGAGCCACCCACCAACAGGCCACCCACCAAGCGCCCACCAUCGCCCAGUCCCAACAACUGCUAUCGCAGAUACUGCCGCAAGUGGCGCACCCGUCCCAGCUACUUGUGCUACAAGAACUGCGGUGGUGCCUUCGUCUACAAGCCCUAAAUCAGCAAGCGUACAACGCCACCACCACCGAAACCGAGAGAACCACCGAAACCACCGGCUGCACAGGUACUCAAUCUUGUUAUGCGUGGCUCUGCCAGCCUCCCUGCCUUUGGGCAUUUAUUUAUUUUGUCUACUUUCUAAGCUUUCUAAGGUUGUUUAAUUUAUUUAAAAUAUAUUUUAACAGUUGAAU